AUGGCUGAUUAUUACGAGAACCGUCCUGUAGAUGACGAGGACAAGGACGAUGACGUGGAUCCUGAGGUGGGCAACGCGGCUAAAGAGGACGCGGAGAAGCUGUCCGAGGGCCUGCCACGUGUCCUGAUCGUGUCGCGACGGACGCUUCGCAAGAACAAGUUCGUCGAUUUCGUAGGGGAAUACCACCUCGAUCUGAUCGUCGCGUACGGCGCGGUCCCCGUCAUCGUGCCACGUGUCCCCGGCGUGGCGUCCCUGCUGGACGCGUUCGAGCCAAUCCACGGCGUGCUGCUGUGCGAGGGCGAGGACAUCGACCCCGAGCUCUACGACAGCCAGCUCACUGCUGACCUGUCACCCGAGGAAAUCGCGGAGAUCCGCGCCGCGCACGCCAGCGACACGGCGAUCGACAAGGCCAAGGACUCGAUUGAGCUGUCGCUCGCGCGGAGGUGCCUGGAGCGCUCGAUUCCGUACCUCGGGAUCUGCCGCGGGAGCCAAGUGCUCAACGUGGCUUCAGGAGGGUCCCUCUACCAGGACGUGGAGACGGAGGUCACAUCGCGCAAGGGGCUGGACUUGAAGCACAUCGACUACAAUGACUAUGACGGGCACCGCCAUCCCAUCUUUGUGGUGCCGGAGACGCCUCUGGCGGAGUGGUUUGAGGGGUCGCUGGAGAAGAGCCGUGAGGCCACUGGGGAGAACGAGCUGCUCGUCAAUAGUUACCACCACCAGGGCGUGAGAACUCUCGCUUCUCGAUUUCGCCCCAUGGCAUUCGCAGCGGACGGGCUGAUAGAGGCGUUUUACGACCCGGACGUGCACUGCCCGCCCCGAGGGGGCUUCUUUGUGGGGCUACAGUUCCACCCGGAGCGCAUGAGGCGCUUCCAGGACGGGGAGGUGGCGCCUGGGGGAGGCCCCAGCUCGCCCAGAGAGGUUUUCGAGUACCCUGAAUGCCCCAGGGCGUACCAGGAGUUCGUGGCAGCAGUGGUGGCAUAUGAGCACAAGGUGCGGCCGAGAAUCCCCCGCCCAGCCGCCCUCACAGCCCCUCCCACCAGCAUCGCUGCCGCUGCUGCAGCCGCCAUUGCCGCAGUUGACGCUGCUGCCGACGCAACCAACAGCCUAGCCACUGGCAUGGCUGCUCUAUCCCAAUCAGGAGCAGGAGAGGCGGGAGCAACAGGAGGAAGCAGCAUGGCAUCAGGGGCAGGGGCAGUGGCAGGGGCAGGGGUGGGUUCAGCCAGCGGGAAAACUCCUGGGGCGGCAGCAGCAGCAGCGGCGGCGGCAGCGGCGGCGGCAGAAGCGCAGGCAGAGGAGCGGCAGAAGAAGCAGCAGCAGGGGCGGGAGUGGGAGGAGGAGCUUGAGAGGCGGCGGCUGCGCAUUCAAAAGAGCUUCCAUGCGGCCAAGGUGGUGUACGAGGAGAGGGUGGUGCUGCGCCGUAACGCCACGGAGAAGGGCGGAACGUCGGCACUCGCGGCGAUUCGGAGAGAGCAGGCGGGGGGAUCAGCAGGAGGGUUGGGAGGGCUGCCGACGCUGCCAGAGGAGAAGCAGGAGCUGGCGAUCGGGGCCUCGUUCCUCAAGGAGCUGACGCCUCUGUCAGGGCAGCAGGUGAAGCGGCUGUCUCAGGUGGGCGCUACAGUGCGCAACGCAUCCCACAUCAAAGACGAACUUGAACGGAGACGAAACCAGCGGUCCGCAGCGCGGGCGGCACUGGAGGCGCUGCAUACGAGCGAGCUGGAGGAGAUGGUUGCGUUCCACCGGCGCAUGGCUGCCUCUGCUGAAGAGGUGCUGGAGGCGAGGCGGAAGGCACGGGGAGAGGCUUAG